AUGGGGUCCCUCACUAAAAAGAGACAGGGUGUUCGAGGCCCUGCGUUACUUGGUCAUGUUCCAAUGUCGCUGCUCUCAUUGGAGAUGGGGGCUGCAGAGGCUACUGAGGAGGCGUUUGCUAGCUCGUCGCUCAACUUCGGUUCGAUUUGGUUCGGUUCGGUUCGGAUAAAGAUUUCCUUUCUAGCAUGCCAGGCCGGGGUUGAGGCAACACGAGUAAGUGCAGCCAGUACUGUCCCCCCAUCACGACUCGUCAGAAUGAGAAACGAUGAGUGUCUGCCAGUCCAUUAUGCCACGCUGAGAUAG